UACGAAUUUGGGUAGAAGACGUCAGUGGGAAAGAACAGUUCCUGAGAAGCCCCGGGGGUGGUGGCGUCAACCGUGAAUCAAUGCCGCCGUCCAUAUCCGGAGAAUUGUGAAAGAAGGCAGACCACUGCGCUUGAAAAGAAGGAAGCGUUGAGAUUUGGGCUGGGCUGCGUCCAGGUUGACCCCACUCCCGAUAUCAACUGAUUCCUAUUAGUGACGACUGAUGAGGUCUUCAAAUUUUGAUGGCUUCUAAACGAUGCAAACUCACUCAAGUCAGAACCAAUAAAUUCUUCAUUUCUUUUAUUUGCUAUGAAAUGAAUGACAUAAAAAAUUAAAAAUUGUAACAGGACCAUGAGUCAGCCAGAGAAGUCUAGAAGCGAUCAUGUGAUGCACUGAAAUUGGAAGGGAAUGAGAAGUGAGAUAAUAAUAGAGACAAGGUACGAAGGUGCCACAUGAGGCUACUCUCGACUCCAGGGCAAGCCAAGAAUAAAAUAAACGAGUCCUCCAACUGUUCGAUGAAAUGCCCAAAAGACAUUUUGCUUUUGCUUUUUUGGCUUUUGGGUUAUGGGGAAAUCCAAUUCGCCGAUUUCACGGCGCGCUGUCGCUUUCCCCCCAAGUCACUGCACCACGCCACCUUAUCUCCUCCUCCUCCGCCGAUGCCUCCCCCCCUUACAUUAUUUACUCUCACCAUUACUGCUACAAGUGCAAGCAUUACAGAAGAAGAUGCAGAAUUCGUGCUCCCUGCUGCAACGAGAUCUUUCCUUGCCGCCAUUGUCACAACGAGGCCACGAGCAUGUUGAGAAACCCCUUUGAUCGGCACGAACUAGUUCGGCAUGAUGUUAAACAAGUGAUAUGUGCAGUUUGUGACACAGAGCAGCCUGUUGCUCAAGUUUGUACAAAUUGUGGCGUCAAUAUGGGGGAAUAUUUCUGUGAAGUGUGCAAAUUCUAUGAUGAUGAUACUACGAAAGGGCAGUUUCACUGUGAUGACUGUGGGAUCUGUAGAGUUGGAGGUCGUGAUAAAUUCUUUCACUGCAAGAAGUGUGGAUGUUGCUAUUCGGUGGGUCUUCGUGAUAAUCAUUCAUGUGUCGAGAACUCCAUGCGGCAUCACUGUCCCAUAUGUUAUGAGUAUCUUUUUGACUCACUCAAGGAUACCACAGUCAUGGUUUGUGGACACACAAUGCAUUGUGAAUGUUACAAUGAGAUGAUUGAAGCAACUAUCAUGCCUGAGGAUUACCAACACAAGAAGGUUUGGAUCCUCUGCAAUGACUGCAACGACACUACUGAAGUUUUCUACCACAUAAUUGGGCAGAAAUGCAGCCACUGCAAAUCAUACAACACUCGCAUAGUUGCUCCUCCAGUUCUACCACAAUGACUAGAUUAAGCUUUCAGGACGGUGUCCAACCAGGUGGGCACAUAGAAAGCUUUUUCCCCAGGCUAAAAAGCGGAGUGGGUUUCUCUUGGUGGGUCAAACCAUUUGUCAGCUGUUUUCCAAUUAAUGAUUUUGAGUACCAUUACAUAAUUUGUAUGUGUGCCUCAUAAAUCUUUAUCAAAUUAUUCUUCCCCAAACAUAUGGAUUUAAAAUAUGGUUCCACAAACUAAGUGGAUUAAUGUAUACAUUAUAUAGUGUAAUGUUAGUUUAGGGGAACAACAGAUUCCUGAUAUAGACUACCUACAUGAAUUGUGGUCAUGGUGUUUGACAAUUAUGAGUCUUCAACAACAUCGUGUCCUCGUGUUUUACAUGUACCCACAUAUUCCUUUGUUGAUGAAAUUGUGAUACAUUGUGGAA